AUGGACGGAGAUUCGGAUCUGGAGACUGAUGAUGAAUGGGAAGAUAUAAUGCCGAAAGUUGAGAAGAUUGAAGAACAUUUCGCGUAUGCGCGGGCGGCCACUUCCCUCCACCACGUACGCCAGCACUUGACCUCACAACUUGAAAGCCUGCUCUUCAAAUGCCUCGCCAUUCGACGUACUGUCGGAAGUUGCGACAAGCACACCAUGUGCCUCCUGAGAAUGAGGAAUUUGGCGAGAUACUUCUCUGCUUACAGAUACACCCAGUCUCUAUCACCCGAAGGAUCCAACCUCUUCACCGUUCAAGAGAUGGCAACAUGGUUCAUUUGCGCCUCAUCAAUCCACAGUCUGCAGAAUACAUCUUGUGGUGUCCUUGGCACGAACAAGAAAAUGAACUACAACGGCCCAAAGGACUUGAAGAUCCGGGGACUCGAGAUUCUGUAUCGAAAUCGACAUCUCGCCACACGACUUUGUUUCAUCGAAAAUGGUCUCGUAAACACGGGAUUCGACUACGACCCGAUGGCCAUCGACGCAGUAGAUGGCAACCCGUGGAGUGGGCACCUAGUUUGGCCACCAUGGUUCAGAGAUAUGCUUAGGGGUAGCGCUCAAUCCGGUUCUAAAGGGGCCACGGGAUCGGAAAAAGUGGGUGAAGGUGAAUUCAUCAGUCUUCCGGGUCCAUCCUGGCUCUGGACUCGUGAUAGCCUCAACUACAUCGAGCUACUUGGAAAGAAAAUGGAGGGCAAAGGCAAGGAUCUUGAGGCAUUUUUCUCUAUCCUUGCGGGGAAGACGACACCACUUCGCCUACAUCGAAGAAGAAAGAUGCCCUGGGAUCGACGAUAG